UUAUUUAAAUUAUUUCAUUUAUCAAUUUGAUUUCGAUAUAGGUUUGACAAAUGAAAGUAUUUAUCACUAUUCUCUUAAUAAUGAACAAACAUUUGGUCAUCAAUCUCUUAUAUUUGGUUUACGAGAAUUAAAUUCAACAGAAAUGAAUGAUGUAUGUUCAAAUUCUUCCAUCACUUAUCUUCCAAUAACAAAUGAAAGAUUUAAUUUUACAUCAAAUUAUCAAUUAAGAAUCUAUACAUCAGGUUGUUAUUAUCUCGAUAAUAAUAGUCAAUGGAAAUCAGAUGGAUUAAUAGCUGGUCCUUUGACAAAUCAUAAUCAAACUCAAUGUUUUUCCACACAUUUAACAAGUUUUGCUGGUGGUUUUGUUGUUUUACCUGAACCAAUUAAUUGGAAUUAUGUUUUUGCCAAUGCGGAUUUUAAUCGAAACAUAAUUAUUUAUUUAACAGUGAUUUCUGUAUCUUUAUUAUACAUCAUAUUGACAAUUUAUGCACGUUAUAAAGAUAAAAAAGAUCUUGAAAAAUUAGGAGUUACACCAUUACCUGAUAAUCAUCAAUCAGAUGAAUAUAUUUAUGAAAUUAUUGUUUUUACUGGUCAAAGAAAAGAUGCUGGAACAAAUUCAAAUGUUCAUUUCGUCAUAUAUGGUGAAGAACAUGAGACACAUGUUCGUACAUUAGCGGAUCCACAUCGAAAGAUUUUACAACGUGGUGGUAUUGAUGCAUUUAUAAUGAGUGUUCCAAAAACUUUGGGAUUAUUAAAUUGUAUUCGUAUAUGGCAUGAUAAUACAGGCGAAGGUUUGUCAUCAUCAUGGUUUCUUAAAUAUAUAAUUAUUCGGGAUUUACAAACAAUGGAAAAAUUUCAUUUUAUUUCUCAACGAUGGUUUGCCGUGGAAAAAGAUGAUGGAAAAGUAAUUUGA